AUGCAAUCUGCCCUCCUCCCACGCGCCCCAGCAAUCGUUAAAACGUCAGAGUCAGGCAAUACUACUACCGUUUCUGUCUUCGACUCUAACUCUCUGCAGCCCAUAACGCAAACAAGCGCGUCAGACGGCAGUGGUGUCGGCUUCGCGUCCUCGGCCCCGUCUAUUCUCUGGUUCUGUUUCUGCCUGCUGUUUGGCCUCCCGCUCGCGUUGGCCGGAAUACGGGGGAGAAGGUUUACGACCGGCGCAGCUUUCGGCCUCGCUUUCGGCGUAUGCUCAUGGGCCGCGUUUAUCAACACCGUCUCGGCUCCAGGGAUCGCGGACCUUCCGCUCACGCUGAUCGUCUUCGCCUUCGUCUUCGUCGGCUCGGCGCUCGGCAUGUUCUCCCUGGUGCGCGUCGGCGGGAUGGUGACACUCGGCGUGGUGGGCGGUCUCGCGCUCGGUGUGCGGAUCGUCGUGGUGAAGGACGACCUGCUCGUCGCGUCGGUGUUCUUCGUGAACUGGCUCGUGGCGAGCGUUUUUGGGCUGCUCGGCGGUCUCUUGGUCGUGACGAAUCGGCGAACGGGGAUCCUCGUUUGCUCGGCAUCCGCUGGAACGUUCCUCGCCGGCCUCGGUGCGGAUCUUAUCGUCAAUCAGCAGGAUGGGCUCAGUCGCGGGUACCGCUUUCUGUUCGACCGCAACACGUCUCAUCUCACUGAUCUUCUCGUGCACGGCUAUCACCCACCGGUCUCGGCCCAAAUUAACAUCGCUGUUUCCAUAAGCUUGAUACCCCUCCUAGCAUACCUGCAACACCGCCUCUUUCCUAACGAAUUCUCGUCGACUCGCCCAGAGUCCGUCGUCCUCAACGACGCCAACCUCGCCGACUCUGAGAAACCCCGUAGCGACGCUCGCGCGCCCCUGUCGAGCGAGCCCGUCAGCAGGUUCAGCCUGUGA